AUGGCCGAAGGAAUGAAGGGCAUCGAAAAGGUAAUUAUCAUCGGCGGUGGUCCCGCCGGCAUGGCGGCAGCUAUCCAUCUACAAGAGAAGAAUAAAAUCUCAUGUCAAGUCUACGAGGUUCGCAGCGAGCCAACCACGCUCGGAGGAGCCAUAGGCAUCCCGUCUAACGGCUUACGGCUUCUCCAGCGCAUGGGGCUUUGCGACGCGAUGAUGGCGAAAGGGUCAGAGACAUCGAUGCUCAACUUGCAUUCUCUCAGUGGCACCGAAAUGGGCCGGAUGGACAUGACGUCCUGGAGCAGGCAGCAAACUGGAUUUGGCUAUCUGAGGAUCAGGAGGACAGACUUGAUGGAAGUGUUCCUCGACGCCGCCAGCAAAGUGGGCGUACCUAUCCAUUUCAACAAGCGCCUCACCAAAAUUGAAGAAAAGAAUGAUAAAGUCACCGUCUUUUUCUCGGAUGGCACCAGCGACACAGGAGACUUCCUGCUUGGCUGUGAUGGCAUUCACUCUACCGUACGCAAGUUACACGUGGACCCAGACUGCGCACCACAGUACUCAGGAAUUUCAAACGUUUUCUCUCUGAUUCCUACGUCCAAACUUCCGCCUGCUGCUUCGUCGCUGGACGCCCUCAACGCGACAUUGACCUCGGAUGGAAUGUUUGGAAUAAGCCCUGCGACAACUGCUCGUGAUAUAGUUUAUUGGUUCUUUUCGCGUGAGAUCGCCAUACCCACAGCGGGGGACACUCGCGACGGAUGGGAGGAGAGCGGUAAGAAGGAGGUUGACAACCUGAAGACCACCUUCAUCAACCUCUUAGGGGACGCCAAUUCCCUGUGGGUGGACAUGCUAAGAGAUGUCGUGCACAAGACCGAUGUGGUGAAGUUCUACCCGAUUUUUAAGAUCCCCCCUGGCAGACCUUGGUCCAAGGGGAGAUGUCUCAUCAUCGGUGAUGCCGCACAUGCGAUGCCCCCUCACGCUAGCCAAGGCGUAUCCAUGGCACUGGAAGACGUCUUCUUGUUUUCAAACCUUAUAACCCAGCAUUCUCGAAACCUGGGUACCCCAAAUUCUCAAAGCCUGGAUGAUCUUUUACGAUCAUAUGAGAGUAAACGCAAGGCCAGAACUGAACAGAUGCUCAAGGCUGCAGAACGGAACGGCGAUGUCCGCAAAAAGAAAACGCCGUUUCAUCUCUGGGCCAACGAACGUGCAAUUUCAUUGGGGAUGCGGGUCUAUGGGAUGGUCGGUCUGGAUAAAAUGGGAAUAGGGCAGGGGCCCCUGGCCUAUGACGUCGACGAAGAGAAAUUUUGA